AUGAAACUACCUAUUAGACUACACUCCGAAGAAGUCAUAACGGUGGAGCUGGAAUACGAGAAGUUGGAGAAGCAUUGCUUCGUCUGUUUUAUACUCAACCACGAGAAAAAAGAUUGCCCACUAAGACUAGCUAGAGGUCAGGACAUUACCCAUCAUGAUGGGAUAAAUCAGCAGCGUACCCUGGAUAGACUGGAAUCAGACAAGAGGAGACAAGACUCCCGAAGGGAGAUUAGAGGCAGUAGUAGUCGCUUCGACUCCCAUCGUAACCAGAGGGCCGAGUACCCACAAAUCCGCAGGCAGUCUCCACUAUCUAGAUUGGGUUUAAAUCGCGAUGGGAGAUAUGACUACUCCCGUCAAAUAGGGUAUGGGAGAGACUGGUCUAACCAUCUCAACAAGUCCCACCAUACCGCCUCCAAGCAAUCAAGUGUGGCUCCUAGAACACAUCAGGAUAUUUUGGCUCCUCCCCGUAGGAGAUUCAGAGAGGAUUCUCCCCUCCACUCUCGCAAUUCGAAGGCCUAUGAGGAGGACUAUAGAAGCUCUAGAUCGGCAGGACAUAGAACCUCUCCAUACCCUUCCCCCGUCCAAGAAAUUGCCCGAAACCCAGUCCAAGGGCAAAGGGUCAGAACACCGGAUCCCAUUACCUAG